GUCUAAGUGUGUGUGUUUGAGCUUUCAUACACUCAUACAUACUCCUACCUCUUCAAAACAGAUAUUGCUAGAGAUUCUCUUGAUAAAUUAAAACUCUUUGUUGCCUUCCAUGAUUUCAAACAUCUGCUUCCACAGAUACGGUAGAUGGAUGAUUCAGGCUAAAUAUAGAGAAGACGCGUCUACCAACGGAAUGACACACUUUGACGUCAAUGAACACAAUAAAGCCUUCAAAAUAAAUCUCACGCCAGUAAGUGAUCGGCAGCAGGAACUGAAAAUUCAAGCUUCUACAUACAAGCAUCCAGUGAUAAGGACGUGUUGUUAUGACGGAGCCAGACUUAAUAACUAUGAAACCUGUGAGCAGCGAGCAGACCGUGUGAAAAUAGGCCCGCGCUGUGUCCAAGCCUUCACUCAAUGCUGCACCAUGGCAACCGAGAUCAGAGCUAGUGACACUUUUAAUGAAUUCAUUGACUUGGGCCGUGCAUUUUUAAGCAGUUCAGAUAUGCAGGUGCAGCCCUUUAAUCACAGCACUCAGGAGGUAGAGAUAAGAGGAUAUCGACCAUUUCCACGCCAUCCUGGUCUACAGAGUCAACUUGAGGACAAACUCCAAAUCAACAGAGAUAUCCUGUCUUAAAAGCAAACAAAAAUAAAUAAAUUAAAUAAAAAUAACAGAAAAUGACCAGAAAGAAACCUUUUUUUACUUUUAAUAUUUUUCCUUUUCAAAUAUAUUUUUAUUUGAGAGAUUA